AUGGUCCAACUACAGAACUUCUUCUUUUUCGUUACUUCCAUGGUCAUGCCCUGUGGCACAGCAGCACCCGUACUAUUGAAAUGGUUCGUCAGUAGAGAUGUUCCCACUGGUGCGUCUUCUUCCAAUGGUACUAUUAUUCCUAUUCCUAUCCCUUUAUUCCCUUUUUUGGUCUAUCUACAUUUAAGGAAAUUCAUACGCUCCAUGGACCGAGCAAAAAGUGGAGUGUUGGUGAAAGCAAGCCGCCCUAUUCUAUUACUAGACAAAAUGGAGAGAAGCUCAUCCGCUAGAAAUGCUUUAUUUCGUUUCGUUCCCGUUCUUCAUUUCCUUAUUAUCGAAUCCAUGGGGGACUUGUCAUAUUUAGAAUCUUUCUACGGUCUGCUCUGUUUACAAUUCUUUUGUACUCUCUUCUCUUUACCACGCGAUAGGUCAGCGAAGCGUGAGCGGGCGCUCCGAAGUAAAGGCCAAACACUUCGGCCUAAGGGGAAUGAGCAACAAAAUGACAAGAUGAGGUGCCCCAGGCACCCCCAUAUAGAAAGAAGGGUCGAAGGUUUUGGGCCUGUAGCUUUCCCCGCCCCCGCCCCCUCAUCGGGUGGUGCUUGUUUGGGGGGUGUGCCACCAGAAAGCGGGUUUGAAGCUCUCGCCUUACCAACGAGCCGACUGCUGAUGGUUGUUAGUCACGACUACUAUAAAAAAGUGAAGAUGAAUCUUUCUAUUUCACAUGGAGGAGUGUGCAUCUUUAUGUUGGGUGUUCUUCUGUCGUGCGACCCGAUGGCUUAUGUGCGACCUGUCGCCAACGCCUCCUAUUCUAUUUGUUCAGCGCAGGCGGCGUGA